AUGGCCGCAGCCAAGGCCGAGAUGCAGCUCCUGCCCUCGCUGCAGAUGGCCGACCCUUUCGGACCCUUCCCGCACUCGCCCCCUACUAUGGACACCAACUACCCCAAGCUGGAGGAGAUCAUGUUGCUCGCCGGUGGGGGGCCACAGUUCCUCAAUCCCGUCGGUGGCCCCGAGAGCGGCGGCGGCGGCUUCAAUCACUCCGGCGACGGUGGGGAGCACUCCUUCGACCACCUCCCUGCAGACACUUUUCCCGAGAUCUCUCUGAACGGCGAGAAACCUUUAGCAGAGACCAGCUAUCCGACCCAAACUACCCGCCUCCCGCCCAUCACCUACACCGGCCGCUUCUCUCUGGAGCCGGCGUCGAGCGGCGGAGGCGGCGGCAGCACCCCGUUAUGGCCGGAGCCUCUCUUCAGCCUGGUGAGCGGCCUGGUGGGGAUGGCUAACCCCGCGACUACGUCGGCCCAGUCUUCCUGCGCCUCUUCGCCCAUCGCCAGCUCCGCUUCUCCCAGCCCGGCUUUGAGCUGCUCGGUGCAGGCCAGCGACCCCAGCCCCAUCUACUCAGCGGCGCCCACCUUCCCCAACCCCGGCGGGGCUGACAUCUUCCCAGAGCAGAGCAGCCAGCCGUUUCCCAGCCCGUCGGGAGCCUCGCUACAGUUUCCGCCUCCGGCAUACCCGACGGCCAAGAGCGGCUUCCAGCUGCCCAUCAUUCCGGACUACUUAUUCCCGCCUCAGCCGCCACCGCAGCCGGGCGACCUGGGUCUGGGCUCGGUGGAGCAAAAGCCCUUCCCGGGCCCGCAGCCCUCGCUCACUCCGCUCUCCACCAUCAAGGCCUUCGCUACCCAGAGUGGCGGCGGCGGCAGCUGCGGCACCGGCACCGGCACCGGCACUCCGCAGGAGGCCAAGAGCCUGCCAAGCGGCGGCUCCUACCAGGCGCAGCUGGUCAAGCCCAGCCGCAUGAGGAAGUACCCCAACCGGCCCAGCAAGACCCCGCCGCACGAGCGGCCCUACGCUUGCCCCGUCGAGUCCUGCGACCGCCGCUUCUCGCGCUCCGACGAGCUCACCCGCCACAUCCGCAUCCACACCGGCCAGAAGCCUUUCCAGUGCCGCAUCUGCAUGCGCAACUUCAGCCGGAGCGACCACCUCACCACACACAUUCGCACUCACACCGGCGAGAAGCCCUUCGCCUGCGACAUCUGCGGCCGCAAAUUCGCCCGCAGCGACGAGAGGAAGCGCCACACCAAGAUCCACCUCCGGCAGAAGGACAAGAAGGCCGACAAGGCACCCCCCGGGCCCCAGGCACCCUCGACGUCCUCCCCUCUGGCCCCUUACUCGGCCUCGACCUGCUCUACCUCGUACCCCUCACCCGCAGCCACCUCUUUCCCCUCACCGGUGCCCGUCUCCUACUCAUCCCCGGCGACCUCCUAUUCCUCCCCCGUGACUUCGGCCUUCCCUUCGUUCCCCUCGCCCUCGGUGGCCACCAGCUACGCCUCGAUCGCCUCUUCCAGCUUUCAGAGCCAGGCGGGGCUAGGGGGCAGCCCCUACCCCUCUCCCGGAGGCCUCUCCAGCCCCUUCGGCUCCCCAGUGACUUCGACCCUUCCCGACUUGGCCUCCACUUUCUCGCCUCGGACCAUUGAGAUCUGUUGAGAGAAGAAAGGGUCCCCAAAGGGCCUGGUGUAGGCCCGGCUCCUCCUCCGGACCUUUCAACUGCCUGAAAAGCAGCUCGACAACUCCGGGAUCGUGGAGUUGCUCCACUUCUGUCCAAGAACUGAACCAUGCAUGGAUGAGCAAGCGCGAUCUU